AUGCAGGCCUUCGCGAGGGCGCUCAUCUUCCGGGCCCCCGGGCUCUUCGCCCCUCACGCGUGUGCCGCGAGGGUCUCCAUCGUCCCGCGACGCCUGACCCGCGACCUCACCGCCAACGCGGGCGGGUGGAGCAUCGGACCGGGGGGACGCGUCGGGGGGGCUGGGGGCGGCGGCGGGCGCGAACGCGACGAACGCGACGACGGCCUCCGCCGCAACAGGUGGGGCGACGAGUACGAGGACGACGGACGCGACCGCGGCGGGUACGACGCGCCCGCGCGAGGCGUCGACCGCCGCGCGGGACCGGUACGGGGCGGCGGCGGAGGCCGCAGACGGGGCCAGGACGACGAUCCCCGCCGCGCCGAGGCGCCCCGCCGACGCGGGGAAUCGUCGACGCGAGGCCGCGGCGGCGGAGGCCGCGGCGGCGCGCGCGGGCGCGGGCGCGGGCGCGACGAUCUCCGCGAACGACCCUCUCGCGAUCGCUUCGACGACCGUCGCUUCGACGACCGUCGCUUCGACGACCGUCGCUUCGACGACGGUCCGCUGAUCGUCCCGCCGAAGGACACCCGCCAGGUCCCGAGUCGGCGCGGAUCGUCCGCCCCAUCGAGGGGGCGGGGACCCGCGCGGAGGGGCGGCCGCGGCGAUGGGUACGACCGCGGCGAUGGGUACGAGCGCGGCGAUAGGUACGACCCGCGAGACCGCGCCCCUCCCCGUCGCCGCGGCGGGUACGACCGCGACGGCCCGGUCCGGACCCGAUCGUCGCCAUCCCCAUCCGAUCCCCGGCACGACCCGUUCGCGGGCGGACCCCGGCCGACGCCCGGGCACCACGACCCAGGCUACGACUACCGCGACCACGCCCCCCCGGAGCGCACGAAGGAGCGCGGUCCCAGGUCCACGGGCAUCGCCGACGCGUACUACGCGGCGUACCUGAGGGGCGAGGUUGACCUGGCGGAUCCGCCGCAGCUGGACGUGUACCCGCGGGACGAGCCCGAUUUCAACCCCAUCGGUCCCCGGUGGCAGAUGCCGGACGGGACGUGGUUUGGGGAGGGGCCGCCGGACCCGCGACGAACGUUCGACAAGGAGGCGUGGGAGAAGAAGGUGUACUGGGGCACCAAGGAGGAGCUCAUGCGGGAGGAACGCGUGGCGAUUGGCCUGGAGGAACCGUACGUUCACCCCGACGACGUCGUGGUCAAGCUCAUAUCCCGACCCGAGGGGUACUGGACGAUAACGGCCAAGGACGAGCGCGAGGGGAAGCCCGGGACGUUCACGGCGACGCCGGAGGUGGCGGAGAAGGUGAGGCGGGCGAUGGAGGAGGGUGACGAGUCGCCCACGUGGGCGUCGACGUCGCCAAACGCGAAGGGGGAUUACUCGGGGAAGGAUGACGAAAAAAACGAGGCGAUCUUCGAGCGCCCGCGACGCGCGUCGUCAUCCACCGCUCUGGGCGAUUACUACGCCACGUGCCACCCCGGUCUCGAGGACGUCGUCGCGAAGGAGCUGGAAUCCGAACUCAUCGGUGCGAGCGACGUCCGGGUCGGGGCUUCGGGCGUCUCUUUCCGGGGGGACGCUCGAGUGGGGUACAGGGCUAACGUGUGGCUCCGAUGCGCCAUUCGCGUCCUCUGCGAGCUCGACCGAGGGUACAUCGACCCGAACGUCCCGGGCGGCGCCGCGAUUUACGAUUUCGUUCGCGACGCGGCGCCGUGGCACGAGGUGAUACCCGCGGACGACGGUCUCACGUUCUCGGUGGAGUCCAGGGUGCGCAGCUGCACCGACGUCACGUCCACACGGUUGGCGAGCACGAGGGCCAAGGACGCCAUCUGCGACGCGCUCGUGGACGUCAACGGGUGGAGGCCGCCGCCGCCGCAGUUUGGACACUCCAGCGCGGACGUCCCGCUCUACCUGUCCCUCUUCAGGGACGAGGCUAAGCUGUACCGCGACAUGUCCGGAGAAUCCCUCCACCGCCGCGGGUACAGGGACGCGGCUAUUCACCGCGCGGCGCUCAACGAAGCCGCGGCGGCGGGCGUGCUGAGCCUCGCCGGGUGGUCAGCGGCGUGCGACAGGGCGAGGGAGCGCGGGCUGGUGCUUCCGGCGCUGGUGGAUCCCAUGUGUGGCUCCGGGACGCUCCUCAUCGAGGGCGCCAUGAUGGCCGGCCGGGUCGCGCCGGGUCUCAUACGCGUCGACGCGGCAGGCGGUUUCGGCAAGGGUGGUGACGGCGGGAGGGAUCCGUCGCCCGGCGUACAAAGGCCGGCGUUUGCGUUCGAGCGGUGGCCCGAUCACGACCCGACGCUGCUGGAGGAGGUUUUGGAGGAGGCGGCGGAGAUUGGCGCGGCGGCGAGGAAAAAGAUGGGCGGCGCGCCGGUGAUCAUCGGCAACGACGUUCACGCCGGGGCGCUCUCGCUCGCCAGACGCGCCGCGAUGGCCGCCGGCGUCGACGGCGUCAUCGAUUUCGUUCAGGGCGACGCCGCCGACCUGACGCACCCCAAGUUGACGGAGUUCACCGCCGCCGCGCUCGAGAGGGACGGAUUACAGCGGGACGUCGAUGAACCCGUCGACCUCGACGACCUCGGUCCGACGGCGCUGAGGGCCGAAGGCGGAGGGGUGCUCGUGGUGUCCAACCCGCCGUGGGGCAUGCGCAUAGGCGCCAGGGACGACGGAUACGACGGGGACGACGCGGGCGACGGAUACGGCGACGGAAACUGGGACGACGCGGCGAGUGAUGCGGGGAGCGUCCGAGGGGGGGAUUCCGUCCGAGGGGGAGAGUCUGUCCCUUCAGCGGGGACCCUCCGCGCGCCCGACGUGGAGGAGGCUUGGCAGAGCCUCGGCGCGUUCUUCCGGCGCGAGUGCGGGGGCGCGACGGCGCACCUGCUCUCGGGGGACGCGAACGCCACGAGGCCGCUCCGGAUGAGGGCGAGGCGGAAGAGGGUGUUGGGCAUCGGCGGCGUGGACUGCCGACUGCUGGAGUAUCGCAUCCUGCCGCCGCGGCGAAGGGCCAGCUUGGAGGAGCUCGCGGACGCGGCGCGCGAGGAGGAGGAGUGA